AUGCGUAAGAAGGCAGCAUGGAAGAGAUUUUGGUCGAACCUGGCAGUCUUUUUCGUGCUGCAGGCAUCUAUCCUGUGCCUCAAGCUGCGGCUAGCCUCCCUGGCGCCAGAGCUGGAGCCGCCCUUGGACUACCGGCCAAACGGCUACACGGCAGAUGAGGCGCUUGCCGUUAUGAAGGGGUACGGCACAGAGGCGCGCAUGACAGCCGUCAUGCUGGAGGUGACCGAUUUCCUCUACUCGGGCGCCUACGCCGUGCUUUUUGCCUCCCUGCUUAGCGUCAGCCUGUCCGUCAUCGACGCGCCCCAGGUGAUGCACCUGCUUAACCUUGUACCCGUCGCCACUGCCAUCGCCGACGCGGCCGAGAACUUCCUAAUGCUCGCCCUGCUGUCAAGUCCAAGGAAGGACGUUGCUGGGUGGGUGGUCAUCGCCAGCGCGGUCAAGUGGCAGCUGCUGCUUGCAACGGCCAGCGUCGUCGGCGGGACGGGGGCUUUUUGUGUGUACAAAGCACUCAAGCAGGCCGGCAAAGGGACCAAACACAGCAAGGCACGCAACGGCGCGGGCGCGGCGGUGGUGGAGGGCGAGGGGCCGGCCGGUGGGGCUGCGCGGGGCCGCAAGCCAGCCCGGCGCGCGUAG